AUGCUGAUGGAUCUAUCGAGCGAUUCAAAGCAAGACUUGUGGCAAAAGGCUAAUUUGGAUUGGCCACUACAUCAGUUUGAUGUAAAGAAUGUUUUCUUGCAUGGAAAACUCACGGAGAAGGUGUAUAUGGAUAUUCUUCCUGGAUAUAAUACUACUCAAACUGGAACAAUAUGUAGGUUACAAAAGGCAUUGUAUGGAUUGAAACAGUCACCACGCACAUGGUUUGGACGGUUCACCAUGACAAUGAAGAACAAUGAUUUCAAAUAA